AAAUCCCCUCUCUUCCUCCAUAGAUCUCAUCUUCUCUCUGAACCCCCCACACUCGAUACUCACGACGACAGCAUCGCAAUCUCUAUUCAGAUUUCCCUUUUUCUAUCUCAUCCCAACCACGGGCUUGCCCUCUUCAGUACCAAUUUACACAUCCAAUUAAGUGUAAUUUGUGAUCCUAGAUGCUCGAUUUCACACUUAUAUACUUGUUCUCCGUGAAACCCUAGAUUUCGUUGCUAUUCGUGGGUUUUAGGGUUUUAAAGAAUCGGGGUUUUGAACGGUUUGUGAAAUGGCGAGUCCGUACUCAUCCUCUGUUACCGCUUCCCAGGUUGGUUCAUACUUUGUUCAGCAGUACUAUCAGGUGCUUCAACAACAACCAGAAUUUGUUCAUCAGUUUUACACCGAUUCCAGUACCAUGAUUCGGGUUGAUGGCGAAUCCACUGAGACCGCAUCAGCUAUAUUCCAAAUUCAUACACUUAUUCAGUCAUUACUUUUUAGUGGGAUUGAAAUCAAGACCAUAAAUGCUGUUCAAUCAUGGAAUGAAGGGAUCAUUGUGGUUGUUUCUGGCUCAGUCAAAUCAAAGUACUUUAGUGGAUGGAGGAAAUUUGUUCAGACAUUUUUUCUUGCUCCCCAGGAAAAAGGUUACUUUGUCUUGAAUGACAUCUUCCACUUUGCAAGUGAGGAGGUUAUCAAUCAUCUUCCUCCACCCAUGGCUGCUACACACAAUGAUGAUUUCCAACCAAUAAGUUCAACUUCUCCCGAGUUAUUAGUUGCUGAAGAUGUGUUGGAGGUUGAAACAAGGGAUAACUUCAAUUCCUUACACUUAGAAGGUGAAGAUGAAGGUGAUUACUAUACAUCCCAAGAACACCAACACCAAAACCAAAACCAACAUCAACAGCAAGAAUAUGAUGACAAUGAAGACUAUGAGGAUGAACCACAAGUGGAAGAUCAAAUUCAUAACCAUGUGGACUAUGUGCAAGAACCAUUGCAUCAUGAUACAGUGGAAUAUGUUCAAGAACCAUUGCAUCAGGACAAGGUGGAAUAUGUUCAAGAACAAAUUCCUGCUGUUGAAAAACCUGCUCCUGAACCUGUGAAAUUUACUUAUGCCUCCAUAUUGCAAUCGAAGGGGAAACCUGUGUCAUCGGUUCCUGUUCAGGCACCUGUGGUUAAGAGUGUUGCGCCUGUAACCGAGUGGAAUCAGCAGCAGCCUGAACCAGUUGCUUCGUUUGUUUCCGAAACUACCCCUCAUGUUGCAGAGGAAUCUUUAUCUAAUGAAGAAGGGGAAUCAAAGUCUGUUUAUGUGAGGAACUUGCCCACGUCUGUUACCAGUCUUGAAAUUUUUCAAGAAUUCAAGAAUUUUGGAAGAAUCAAGCAAGAUGGUGUGUUCUUAAAGAAUCGAAAGGAUGUUGGUAUUUGCUUUGCCUUUGUUGAGUUUGAGGAUGUUGUUGGUGUUCAGAAGGCCAUUGAGGCAUCCCCGAUACAGCUAGCUGGAAGGCAAGUGUACAUUGAAGAGAGGAGAACAAACAGCAGCAACGGUUCUCGUGGGGGAAGAGGAGGAGGAGGAGUAGGAGGAAGAGGAGGGGGGAGAGGCAGAGGAAGCUACAAUGAUGCAUCAAGAGGAGGAGGAGGACGUUAUGGUGCUGCUCCUUCUAAUGGAAGGGGCAAUGGCUUCCGUUGAUGACUUGAUUCUAUUCUACUACUUCUAGUCUUGUUUUUUGAAACACACUUUUAUUUCUUUGAUUCUCAAUUUUGUAUGCUCUCUUCUCUCUGCACUCUGCGAAUCUUCCUGAUAUGCAUAUUUUGAGAAUUUUGCCUUUUUUUCUCAA